UUGGUGAAGCACUGUGGUGAGGGCGGAAGUGGCUGUCUCUGUGAUGCCGAGAAUCGGUUCGGCUUGUCAGAGACGGGGAGUGUGAGUGUGUGAUACUGAUCCCAUUCCCCCAGGUAGUGUGAGUGCAGGCUGCCCCUCCUCCCCCCAGGUAGUGUGAGUGCAGGCUGCCCCUCCUCCCCCCAGGUAGUGUGAGUGCAGGCUGCCCCAUCUCCCCCAGGUAGUGUGAGUGCAGGUUGGCACUCCCUCAGGUAGUGUGAGUGCAGGCUGCCCCUCCUCCCCCAGGUAGUGUGAGUGCAGGCUGCCCCUCCUCCCCCAGGUAGUGUGAGUGCAGGUUGGCACUCCCUCAGGUAGUGUGAGUGCAGGCUGCCCCUCCUCCCCCCAGGCAGUGUGAGUGCAGGCUGCCGCUCCUCUCCCCAGGUAGUGUGAGUGCAGAUUUGCACUCCCUCAGGUAGUGAAAGUGCAGGCUGCACCUCCUAUUGCCUAGGUGGGGUGAUUGGAGGAUGCCCCUUCUGCCAGCAAAAGAUCAUGUAAAUACAGACUGCCCCUUCCUCCUGCCCAUGUAGAGUGAGUGCAGGUUUUUCAUUCCUUCUGCCAGGUAGUGUGAGUGCAGGUUACAGCUCUCAUUCCUGCGCAUGUAGUGUGAGUGUAGGUUUCUCCAACCCUCUUCGGCCUUUUUCGGCUUAGGGAGCAAAGUGCAGGGUUGUCCUCAUCCUCUGUGAGUGUUGCCCUAUCCUCAAGCUCUGAACGUGUGAGUACAGUGUUCCUUCCCCAUCUUGAUGAGUUUAAGUGUUCGAUCCCCCCAGGAGAAGUAAGUGCAAGUUCCCUCCCACCCGUGGAGUGUUGUUACAGGUGACCUCCACCCCUCAUACGCACCCUGGGGAGAGUGAGUGCAGGGUAUCAGCGGGGGGAACAUGGCCACUCGUCGUCUGACCGAUGCAUUCUUAUUAUUACGGAACAAUGCGGCCCAGAACCGCCAUAUAUUGGCCGAGCAAGUGAGUAAUUACAGCCACCCGGUGAGUGCCCGGAGCAGCGGAGCGUUGGCUGAUGAUCGCAUGGCCCUGGUGUCUGGGCUCACCUUGGAUCCUGAAGCUGCAGUUGGCGUGACAAAGCGUCUGCCGCCCAAAUGGGUGGACGGCGUGGAAGAAAUCCAAUAUGAUAUUACACGGAUUAAACAGAAGAUGAAAGAUCUGGCAUGUCUUCACGAUAAGCAUUUAAACAGGCCUACCCUCGAUGACAGCACAGAAGAAGAACAUGCAAUCGAAAUUACCACACAGGAUGUCACACAGAUGUUUCACCGCUGUCAGCGCGCCGUGCAGACUUUACAGAGCCGAUCACGCAGCUGUACAGAGCAAGAGGAACGAGUGCUCCGAAACGUAGUGUCCUCGCUCGCACAGUCUCUUCAGGAUCUCUCCACCAACUUUAGGCACACGCAAUCAGAAUACCUGAAACGAAUGAAGAAUCGAGAGGAGAGAUCUAAGCAUUUCUUUGACACGUCGGUUCCUCUGAUUGAUGACGGUGAAGACAAUACAUUAUAUGAUCGGGGUUUCACUGAUGACCAGUUGGUCCUGGUGCAGCAGAACACGCUGGUGGUUGAGGAACGGGAGAGGGAAAUCCGACAGAUUGUGCAAUCCAUCUCAGACCUUAAUGAGAUCUUCCGAGAGUUAGCUGGGAUGGUGGUGGAGCAGGGUACGGUUUUGGAUAGAAUUGACUAUAAUGUAGAGCAAUCCUGCAUUAAAACAGAGGAUGGAUUGAAGCACUUGCAAAAAGCUGAACAAUACCAAAAGAAGAACCGCAAAAUGCUUGUUAUCCUCAUCCUGUCUGUGCUCGUUCUGGUCCUUAUUGUUGCGUUAAUUGGUGUGAAGUCUCAUUAGGGUGUUUUUAUUAUUUUAAUUAUUAUUUGGACAGUAGUCAGUGGAUUAUUCUGUGUGAUUACCCUGUGUGUAAGGAGGACUGCUGGCAAAUUGUGAUGUUAACCCAUCCCAUAUCAGAGCCUGGAAGGGUUCGUACUGCUCUUACCAGCGUCCCUUCUUCUAUCGUACUUGUUUGGCAUCUAAAUAUAAAUGAUCGAUUUCUAUCUAUUCAGAAUGGCACAGUGUGUACCCCCUUCCCUGCCCUCUUACAUUCGACUAUAAACAAUUGUGGCAGUGUUGGCAGCAUCGGGUGCAGAACUGGAUGUUUCUAACAGAAAUGUCUGCAGCGGAUAGUGCGUUGCAGAGCUGCCCGUGUCUGUAUGUUCCUGGGUAACUCCUCAACGACUGCAGAGCCUCCUGCAUUGGUAGGUGGCCAGACAGGUGUAGGAAAAUUGGGAGGAUUCACACUACAAAGCACUUUCUAGGCUUUCUGUUAUACACAAAAUCCUCUCGUGUACAUAUUCUUAUUCCGGUCUGGAAAAGUAUCAAGGAGUUUGUAUAUUUUCUGAAUCAUUGCUGAUGAAUGAAGUGGAUACACGGCUUAUUUAUGAUUGAAGAGUAAUACGGUGUCAUUUACUGGGUAGUAUUACACCAGCUCCCGUACUGGGAUCCAACCAUUGCAUGUUACUUUUGUUUCAAAUUCCAUAGCAGCUGGCAUUUCUUUAUAUGCAGGCUUUAUAUGGAAAACUAUCAGUAAAGAGAGAUUCUGGGAACAGUGCAGAGCAUUGGAGAGAUCAGUAUGAACUUUCCAUCAGUUUUCAUGACCAUUUCUUCACUUACAACUUUGCUCCGGCAUUUCUCUGCGCAAAUAAAGGGAUCUGUGCCCGAAAGCGUGAAGUGAUUUCUGAAUUUGUGAAAUGUGAGCAGAAACUAUGUUAGUGUCAUUUUAUUCUUCUAACUUGGCUAUUUUGAUUUAAUCUCCCCUCAAUUCAUAGGUUAGUAAAUAAAACCCAAAACACGUAUACGCUGCCACCCAGGAAGCGCCCAAACUUUUGAGCUUAUAAAUUUGACUUUCUUCUUUGGCAGAAGCAAACAUGCAUUAAAAAUGAUUGUUUAGAUGUACAGGGCUUGCGUCCCGUUUUCACAACUUGAAAAUCAUGAGAUUAUUGGAGGCUGUGCUUCUAUCAGAGAUUUAGCAAUUUGUGAGUAAAAUGUUUCAUACAAGUGUAUAUUUGGAAUGUAUCAGUUUCUAAGUAUAGGAAGCUUUCAUUUUCAUCUGCUUUGCUUAAUUUGGCAUUUCUUUGACAGUGUUGUUGCUCUGAGAAAUGGAGAUCUGUCUGUCAUUUUCCAAAUAAUCCAUUUGUUGUUCGCUGUUCCCUCUGUCAGGAAAAUUAAUUUAAUAACGCAGAAAGCUAAUGGUAUCUGGGAAAAAUGAAAUCGCCUUCACUUCACGGCAGUCAUUUAACCAGUAGCUUUGAUUAGACACUAAUCAAUUCCCAAUACAGGCCGAUAUUAAUAGUUUAAAUGUUAGAAUUCUGAUUUUGUGGGACCAUUAAUAAACGUGUCUCGCUUGCAGUUGUCAGUGUUUUUAUAAGAGGGCGAGCUCAAUGAAGAUCUUGUGGGUUAGUGAGGACAUUUCUACAAGUUACCGUAAAUUUCGUUAAAUUCUAUCCAAACAUUCUUCUGUUGUUGCUGAAGGAUCCAUUCGGCAGGUAAUGUACAGAUUGUAGUGCAAAGUCUAGGCCUAAACGGGUGCUUCCUUUGUGGAUUCUUCUCCAUUCCAUGUUGAGAAAAACUACUCUUUAAAUGCAGCACUUCUGCCUUAAUGGCCGCUUAGGCUGGCUCUGCAUGAAUCGUGGUAAAUGAGUCGCAGAUUAAAUACAAUGAAUUCCAUGCUGAAUUAUCAUUUAACACUUUGUAAAAGCAUUGUGCUUGUUUAUGAAGGCUUUCCGUGUACUUGUAGCAGAGGUAAGAAGUUUGGAAAAAUUGUCAUAAUUUUCUUUUAUAAUAAAUGUCCCCAUUAACCUGUUUAUUACCUGCUGACAAUGAGAUGGAUACCUGGGCCAACCUCCCAUCGUACUUACAUUAUCUCUGGGCCCUCUUCCAAUUGCCUGAAGCAGACAUUGCUUUAAAAUCAAAGUUCAUGUGUCUGUGCCAUGUCUAUGCCAAAGGGCAAUCGAACUGGAAACUGGUUAACCCACUGCAUUCCAUCCAUCAUGUUUAGAGCUUAUUUUCCCCUCCACAGAUAGUUUUAAUGAAAUCUUAAUUGCUAAUUUAAUAAUUUGUGUAAAAUAAGGGAUACUGGCUGUAUGACUAUCUGAAUUCUUUCUGUUCCAAUCAUGUCUGUGUCAUCUUUUAAUGUAUGACUAUUAAAAUACUAUGGCCUA